AUGCUAUUUAGCUUUCCCGCUUCGAGAUACCUACCGUAUACACUUCGCAUAAACUACUCUGUAACCUUGUUUUUCUCAGACAGCUAUCAUAUCAAUUUCAUAGUUUUCCAGGGAACAAUGCCCCGGCAUACUCACCAGCCCAUCCUUAUCAUUUGCGGAAUCUUCGGUCUCCUUCUUCUUGGAAUUUACUUCUACGUUCAUUUUCAUUCUAUCCAGGAAGAUCAGAAUGAGUUCGCAGCACAGGAGCAAAUUCUAAACCAGGCACUUCCCGACGAUAAGCAGUCUUCGACAUGUCGCCUGAUGCUUAUGUUGUUCAUUGUCAGAAUGAAGCACAUCGAGGCUGACAGCCGUACAGAGUUUCUCUCCGCUCAGGAACACUGUAGCGGACUCAAGAAAUGCUUCACAUCUUCUGGAGCGUUUCGUGGAAAUGGCAAUUUCGAUUUGCCGGAUUUCGGGGUGAAGCACAUGGAGUUGGAGAUGUGCUGUGAGGUUUUGGACGCGGCCGCUGAUUGGUUCAAGAAUUCGGAAGAGCAAGUCAAGUACCCCGGCAUUGAGAAGUGCAAUACUGGUAAAUUUGGGGUCAAAGGGCAAUUGAUUGAUCUGCCUGAAGUCGCAAAAGAUGAAUUAGAGUGGUGCGCCGAGCCAGAAUCAGAAUACGUCCAAGAUUAUUUUCCUCCUUCUGGCGAGGACGAGAAGCAAAUGUGA